AUGUCAUCAAUCAGAGAGCAGAAUGGCCAAGUAGAAGGAGCAGUUGGGGGGACAUCAUCCUCUAACAUAGCGUACCUUGCUCCAGUGGAGGCCAAGACGAGUGAUUUUGAGUUGAAGAGUGGGUUCCUACAUCAUUUCCCUAAGUUCCAUGGACUCUCAGGAGAUGACCCCAAUCAACAUCUCUCUGUUCCACAUCAUGCCCACCCCAUUGGGAUUAGAGAAGGUAUGUUGCUUCAGUAUUUCUAUGAAGGAUUGCUACAAAUGGAAAGAGAGCUCUUUAAUUCAGCUGCUGGUGGAUCAUUUUUGGACAAGAGCAAUGUAGUAGCAAAAGAUCUUUUCGAGAAGAGAGCUAUGACCAACCAACAAUUUGGAACAUCUGCUAGUUCCACACGGCAUGUACAUGAGACCAACUCGAGUUCAAGCUCUGCUCUAGAGGAGAAGGUUGAUAAGUUUUCCAAGAUGAUGAGUCAUUUCAUGAAGACUAGUAGAGCUCAAGUUUGUGGAAUCUGUACGGAGGGGUACCAUACUGAUCAGUGUCGUCAAGUUUCUUCUAGUGGAGGGUAUGAAGAAGUCAAUGUCCUUGGUUAUCAAGGAGGUCAGAGGUACAAUCUAUUUUCGAAUACUUACAACCCUAGCCUAUGUGAUCAUCCAAACUUUCGGUGGUCCAAUAAUGAGAAUGUACUAAGGCUACAUCAGAAUGCUAUGCAAUUUAGGCCUCGUCCGGCUGGUUUGUUUAGACCGCAAGCUCCACUACUCAAUGUUCCACCUCCCAAUGUGGCUAGUACUCCUAAUUAUGAUGAGAUGUUGAAAUCUUUAGUUGCUGGGCAAAGUCAAUUGAAUACUGUGACUCAAACUUUAGUGGUGAGUCAACAAGCAAAUACUAAGGACAUUGCGGAGCUAAAAACGCAUAUGGGCCAGGUAGUAGACUUCAUGAGCCGUUUUUCUAAGCAAGGGAAGUUGCCAAGUGGUGUCAUACCUAACCCAAAGAAUGAGCAAGCCAAAGCUAUCAUGACAAGGAGUGGGCUCGAGCUAAAGGAGCGACCUAGUGUUGCUAGGAAGGCCCAAACGGCCCAUGUUCUUGAGGAGGGUGACGAGAUGACUAUGAUGAAUGACUUGAGAAAGAUCCAACUACCUCCAAGAAGGAGAGUGUGCCGAUCCAUGACGCACACAAAGGUACAAAUGCUAACUCAAAUGAAUUAG